GAGUCUCCGCCCUGUCGUCCCUGCCAGGCGGCAUCUUUCAGGAAGAACGACGAGCGUCAGAAGAGGAGGAAUUCACCUCUUUUUCCACACUUUUCAAGAAGCUUCUCCCGGUUUACACCCUCUCGUUUGGACACGGGCACCGCGUCAACAUGCUGAUUAAAGAAUUCCGAAUCGUCCUGCCCAUUUCAGUAGACGAGUAUCAAGUGGGCCAACUGUAUGCAGUAGCAGAGGCCAGCAAGAGUGAGACGGGUGGAGGAGAGGGCGUUGAGGUGUUGGUCAAUGAGCCCUACGAAAAGGAGGAUGAGAAGGGACAGUAUACCCACAAGAUCUACCACCUGCAGAGUAAAGUUCCAGCUUUCGUCCGUCUGAUUGCUCCAAAAGGUUCUCUUGAGGUUCACGAGAAGGCCUGGAAUGCAUAUCCCUACUGCAAAACCGUUCUUACUAGUCCAUACAUGAAAGACAAGUUCGUGAUUAAGAUUGAGACAUGGCACAAGCCAGACAUGGGGGAUCAGGACAAUGUACAUGGACUAGAUAAAAAAGAUUGGGACAAAACUGCUGUUGUGGACAUUGACAUUGCUGACAGGCGUUGUAUAAGUGCAAAGGACUACAAAGAAGACCAGGAUCCAGCAAUCUUUAAGUCAGUGAAGACGGGCAGGGGGCCUCUAGGACCCGACUGGAAGAAAGAACUUGUGAACAACCCCAACUGUCCACACAUGUGUGCCUACAAACUAGUCACAGUAGACUUCCAGUGGUUUGGACUGCAGAACAAGCUAGAGAACUUCAUUCAAAAAAUGGAAAGGCGUAUUUUCACCCUCUUCCACAGGCAGGUAUUCUGCUGGAUUGAUAAAUGGUUCCAUCUUUCCAUGGAGGACAUUAGACGAAUGGAGGACGAGACAAAGAAACAGCUGGAUGAGAUGAGGUUGCACGAUGAACUUAAAGGCAUGAAUGCUGAUGAAUGACUGGUUUUUGGUGCUCUCACUGUCUCGGACUCCACUCCUUACACACUGGACCAAGACCAACUUGACACCCCCACGGAACACUGCUGUUCCCUAAUAUGAGUGUAUAAUUAGAAAUGAUAAAGAAGCUGUUUAUUGACUUACUUGAGUACAAAAACGGUAACGUCAGUAGACAUGCUUGCAAGAUGCUUGAACACUGUAAGUCCCAGACCCUAAAAUUUAAACCUAGUUUACAUUUUCAUUCAGUCACAUUAGUAUUAUUUGCGCUGAUCCACCAGCGCUGAGGUUUCCAUGUACAAUUUGAGUUAUGACAUUAACAAUACAACUCUCUUAGAUAGGAAGUUUUUCCAAUGUAAAAGCUUGGUCUGACCUGUUUUUUUUUAUUUUUGUAUUAUAACUUCAGCGGAGAAUGGCGAUACUGGAAAAAGCAACUGCUGUAAAGUCCAGUGAGUUUUGGGUUUCAGGUGCAGGUGAUUAUACAGAUACAACGCUGGUUAUAUUGUACUGACAGCAGCUAAUUAUCUCUGUAUUAAAUAAAAUGACAUGCAUUUUAAUGUAAUAAGAGGGGUGCUGUACAUUAAAUAUGCUUUUUGUUCA